UUCUCAAAGAAAUGCUGCCAGACGUCCCAGAAUCGCUGUCGUUGGAAACCCGUUCUGCGUUCCUCCGUAUCUAAAGGCGACCCUGAGUUCCCGGAUGUGACGUCAGCAUUCCUCCUGUUUUUGUCUUCACCGGCGGAACUUGGGACUUUGAGGUCAGGUGGUUGUGUACGUGGAAGUGGCCGGCGCAUGCGCAGUUCUGCCCUGUCGUUUGGGCCGUGGAAAGGACUGAGGGUAACAUUCCCGGCUCCGGAGAGACUUUGGGUCAUGGGCACCCUCUGACAGGGCCUGCCAAGUGGAGAAGUGGGCGAGGUCGUUUCGUCGCACCCUCCACUGGGCCUUUACCUGUCGCCCUGGCGUUAGGCCUUCCCACCUGGAGCUGCGGCCACCACUGCCGGCCAACGAGGGAGAAUGAGCUGGUUCAACGCAUCCCAGCUCUCUAGCUUUGCUAAGCAGGCCCUGUCCCAGGCCCAGAAGUCCAUUGACAGGGUCCUGGAUAUCCAGGAAGAGGACUCGGGCACCUGGGCUGAGACCAUUCCGUACGGAGAGCCGGGAUUAAGUUCUCCUGUCAGUGGAGGAUGGGAUACGUCAACCUGGGGGAUAAAAUCAAACACUGAACCUCAGAGUCAGCCAGUAGCCUCUCCGAAAGCAAUUACAAAGCCAGUUCGGAGAAUGGUGGUAGAUGAAUCUGAAAAUUUCUUCAGUGCCUUUCUUUCUCCAACGGAUGUCCAGACUAUUCAGAAGAGUCCAGUGGUAUCAAAACCGCCAGCUAAAUCACAGAGACCAAAAGAAGAAGUGAAAAGCACCUUGCAGGAAACCUUGCCCACAGGACAGUCAAGAACAACUGAAACAACUGAAUCAAAAGUAAACGACUCUUCUCCCUGUGUAUCCGCAGGGGAAACUCUGGCAGUAGGUACUCUGCCACCUAAAACUGAAGACAAGCAUGAAGAAACCAUUAAUAAAGAAUCUGAUACGAAGGUGUCAGCCAUAAGUUUGAAAGUAUCUGAGAGUGUAAUGAAUGUGAAAACAACUAGGGAAAAUGUAUCUAAUAUGUCUAUGCAGUCUCUCACAGCAGAAACAAAAGACAUGACCUCAGAAGCAAAGGAACAAAAACAUGAAGACAGGCAGAGUAAUACACCUUCUCCUCCUGUUAGUACCUUCUCAUCAGGUACUUCUACCACCAGUGAUAUUGAAGUUUUAGAUCAUGAAAGUGUAAUAAGUGAGAGCUCAGCAAGUUCAAGGCAAGAGACUACUGAUUCAAAAUCAAGUCUUCACUUGAUGCAGACAUCUUUUCAACUUCUCUCAGCAUCUGCUUGUCCUGAGUAUAAUCGUUUAGAUGAUUUCCCGAAACUCACUGAGAGUUGUUGCUCAUCUGAUGCUUUUGAAAGAAUAGACUCAUUUAGUGUACAGUCAUUAGAUAGCCGAAGUGUAAGUGAAAUCAAUUCAGAUGAUGAAUUGUCAAGCAAGGGUUAUGCUUUAGUACCCAUUGUAGUUAAUUCUUCAACUCCAAAGACUAAAAUAGUUGAACCUGUUGAAGGAAAAUCCAAAGAAAUAGUAAAUGAAACAUUAAUUAUACCCACUGAGGAAACAGAAAUGGAAGAAAGUGGACGAAGUGCAACUCCUGUUAACUGUGAACAGCCUGAAAUCUUGGUUUCUUCUGCACCAAUAAAUGAAGGACAUACUGUCUCAGACAAGGUGGCUGAGCAGUGUGAAGCUGCCGAAAGUCAGCCAGAAGCACUUUCUGAGAAGGAAGAUAUUUGCAAGAGAGUUGAAUUUCUGAAUGAGAAACUGGACAAAAGGGAGGCUCAGUUAUUAUCUCUUAGUAAAGAAAAAGCACUUCUAGAAGAAGCUUAUGAUAAUCUGAAAGAUGAAAUGUUCAGAGUGAAAGAAGAAAGCAGCAACAUUUCUUCCUUGAAAGAUGAGUUUACUCAAAGAAUUGCAGAAGCAGAAAAGAAAGUUCAGCUAGCCUGCAAAGAGAGAGAUGCUGCUAAAAAGGAAAUCAAAAGUAUAAAAGAAGAACUUGCAACUAGACUAAAUAGUAGUGAAACCUCAGACCUUUUGAAAGAGAAAGAUGAGCAGAUCCGAGGAUUAAUGGAAGAAGGAGAAAAACUUUCAAAACAGCAGCUGCAUAGUUCUAACAUCAUUAAGAAAUUAAGAGCUAAAGACAAAGAAAAUGAAAAUAUUAUUGCAAAGCUGAAGAAAAAAGUUAAAGAGCUAGACGAAGAGUUGCAACAUUUAAAACAGAUCCUUGAUGGCAAAGAAGAAGUUGAGAAACAACAUAGAGAAAAUAUUAAAAAGCUAAAUUCUGUGGUUGAACACCAAGAGAAGGAUCUUGGCCGACUUCAAGUGGACAUGGAUGAACUUGAAGAAAAGAACCGAAGUAUUCAGGCUGCUCUUGACAGUGCAUACAAAGAACUUACUGACCUCCACAAAGCCAAUGCUGCAAAGGAUAGUGAGGCACAGGAAGCUGCUUUGAGUCAUGAAAUCAAAGCUAAAGAAGAACUUUCUGCAGCAUUAGAGAAGGUCCAAGAAGAAGCUCGUCAGCAGCAAGAAGCAUUAGCCAUUCAAGUGGGGGACCUGAGGCUGGCCCUACAACGUGCAGAACAAGCAGCUGCCAGAAAAGAGGAUUAUUUACGCCAUGAGAUCAGUGAACUCCAGCAGAGACUCCAGGAAGCAGAGAAUCGAAACCAGGAACUCAGUCAAAGUGUUUCAUCAACAACAAGACCAUUGCUUCGACAGAUAGAAAAUUUGCAAGCAACACUAGGGUCUCAGACAUCAUCGUGGGAGAAGUUAGAGAAGAGUCUCACUGAUAGGCUGGGUGAAUCUCAGACCUUGUUGGCAGCAGCAGUUGAAAGAGAACGUGCAGCUACAGAAGAACUCCUUGCCAACAAAAUUCAAAUGUCUUCCAUAGAGUCACAGAAUUCUCUCUUAAGACAGGAGAAUAGUAGAUUUCAGGCCCAGCUAGAAUCAGAGAAAAAUAGGCUAAGAAAACUGGAAGAUGAAAAUAAUCGGUUCCAGGUUGAAUUAGAAAACCUAAAAGACGAGUAUGUAAGAACACUUGAAGAGACAAAGAAAGAAAAGACACUGUUAAAUAAUCAGUUAGAAGUGGAGAAAAUGAAAGUUGAACAAGAAAGGAAGAAAGCAAUUUUAACUCAAGAAGUAAUAAAAGAAAAGGAACGGAAGCCAUUUUCGGUUUCUACCACUCCCACAAUGUCACGAUCAAGUUCAGUAAGUGGAGUUGAGAUGGCAGGGCUACAGGCAUCUUUCCUGUCUCAGGAUGAGCCUCAUGAUCACUCACUUGGACAAAUGUCUGUAUCAGCAAAUGGAAACAAUCUUUAUGAUGCUCUAAGGAUGGGGGCAGGAUCCAGCAUUAUUGAAAAUCUACAGUCUCAGCUAAAGCUAAGGGAAGGAGAAAUUACUCAUUUACAGCUAGAAAUUGGCAAUCUAGAAAAAACACGCUCAAUAAUGGCUGAAGAGCUAGUUAAAUUAACAAAUCAAAAUGAUGAACUUGAAGAGAAAGUAAAGGAGAUACCCAAACUUCGAACUCAGCUAAGAGAUUUGGAUCAAAGAUACAACACUAUUCUGCAGAUGUAUGGAGAAAAAGCAGAAGAGGCAGAAGAACUUCGAUUAGAUCUUGAAGAUGUAAAAAAUAUGUAUAAGACUCAAAUAGAUGAACUUUUAAGACAAAGGCUCAGUUAAUUUCUGAAAAUUACAUUCCCAUCCAACUGAAUAUAAACUUUUAACAACUGAAUGUAGACUUUCAAUAAAUUCUCUUAUAGAAUUAGAAAGUGUAAUUUAUUGCAGAGGUCAAAAAUGGAAAAAAUAUUUGUUUCAUAGUAUAUAGUAAUAUUUGCAGUUAAAUUAUUUUGUGCAAUAUUUGAACUUUAUUUUUGAAACUAUCUUUAAAGAUUUAUUUUUAAAGCAUUUUUUUUUGCCAUAAAUAGCACAGAGAUUUAUUACUUUAUCCUUUUAUCAAUAUGGUUAAGGAAGGAAAUGGUAUUCAUACAUUGUAUUAUAGGAAACUAAUUGUAUCUAUAAUUUAUAUGUGUUUGUAUAUAUUGAGGACAUUUAAUGAGUGAUAUUAACAUAUUGAAACUUUGAAAUUUUUCACACUUCAAUCUUCAACAUUUCUAAUUACUGUUUAUGAAAAUGGAUGUUAAGUGUCCAAGUAUAACAAAUUAUUUAACUUCUAGUUAUUACAUUUUUAACUAAUUUUUUUUCUUUUAAAGUAGAAGUCACACUGACUUAGAAGUUUAAAGGGUGAAUAAUUUGAAUUUAAAAAGUUUUGUGGUCUCAAUAUUUAUUUCACCCAGAUUCCGCAAUUAAGUCUAUACAAAUUUUGUUACCUAUCUGGAGAAAGCUGUAGCUGUUCAGAGUUAUCUAGGCAUGGUUAGAUAAUGAAAAAAAUGUUCUUAUACAGAUUUGUGAUGGUGUCACUAACAAUUAAGUGUUUUUGAUCAGGUUUUGUUUUUAGUAGUAUGUAAAAUGAAUCAAAGUAAUAAAAUUAAUAACAUAAUUGCUUUAAAAUUAAUGUUUUACAUUUCAUAAAGCCUUAUUUUUGGCACAUUAAAAAUGAAUGUUUGAUAUUAUCGAACAUUCAUUAAAAAAUAGAGAAAUUAUAGGAGUUAAUUUACAUUUGGUAUUUGCAAUUCUAUGUAAUUUAUCAUUUUAUUUUUUUCUUGAACCUUUAAACACAAAAAAUAGUGCAGAAUAGCUUUAAAAAGCAACUAUG